AUGGCAGAUCGUGAGCAUGAGGUUGAUGACGCGAAUGAAGCGCUUGACCCGGAGCUUCUCUACUCCAAGGAAUACUGCAUUGGUGGUGGCAGUUUUGGCAAAGUUUACAAAGGAGUUGAUAAACGAACGGGCCAAGCUGUAGCGAUCAAGGUUAUUGACAUUGAGAGUGCUGAAGACGAGGUCGAGGAUAUUAUCCAAGAAAUCGCCAUUUUGUCCGAGCUACAAUCACCAUAUGUCACCAAGUACUAUGGAUCCUAUGCGAAAGGUGCCGAGCUAUGGAUCGUAAUGGAGUUUUGUUCGGGAGGAAGCUGUGCCGACUUGAUGAAGCCGGGACUGAUUGGAGAGGACUACAUCGCCAUCAUUGUGCGUGAGUUGCUCUUGGGUUUGGAUUAUCUCCACACAGACAAGAAGCUACAUCGAGAUGUCAAAGCUGCCAAUGUGCUUCUCAGCAGUAAUGGCCAAGUCAAGCUCGCCGAUUUUGGUGUGUCAGGUCAGCUUUCUGCUACCAUGACCAAGAAAAAUACAUUUGUCGGAACACCUUUUUGGAUGGCCCCAGAGGUCAUUAAGCAAUCUGGGUAUGAUCACAAGGCCGAUAUUUGGUCUCUUGGUAUUACAGCUCUCGAAUUGGCCAAUGGAGAGCCUCCUUAUGCCGAUAUCCAUCCUAUGAAAGUUCUCUUUCUUAUUCCAAAGAACCCUCCACCACGAUUAGAAGGCAAUUUCACCAAGGCAUUCAAAGAUUUCAUUGAGUUAUGUCUUCAGCGAGAUCCUAAAGACCGACCAACAGCCAAGGAUAUGCUGCGGCACCCGUUUAUUAGACGGGCAAAGCGGACAACUUACCUGACUGAGCUUAUUGAGAGGCAUCAACGCUGGGCAGCUACUCAUAAGGGAGAGGAUGAUGACAACUGGGACUCAGCUAACAGUGGUAGAGCUCCCGCGGAACGGGAGCGAGUCGAUGAAGAUAUGUGGGAUUUCGGCACGGUGAGACUUGUUGGUGAGCGGGGCGGCAUUGUCAAUCGACCAGGUCUCAACCAACUGGAUGAGAACGCAACAAACGCACGCGCUUCUAGACCACUAGAGAGCGAGGAAGACUAUGGCGAGCAACGACGAGACGCAAGCCCUACCAAGUCAAGGGACUUCGCCCUUCAACCCCUUGAGACCGUCAAGGCCAACCCAGGCUCAAGGCAGGCUAGCCCCCAACGAAAGGCUGUUCCUCAAUCUCAAUACCAGCAACCACUCCCAUCACCUACGAGGGCACUACCCCAGACUCCCCUGAAGCUCCCUCCUCCAAGGGAUAACGCCGAGACUCCUCGCCCAUUGAGAAUAAACCCCCCUGCAAUAAUACAGGAGUCUCCAGAUUAUGACCGGGAGCUACAAAGCCAACUACAGCGCGAUAUUGGCAUGCUAAAUCUGGAUUAUGAGCCACAGACUGAGAGGAAAGCCAGUCCGCAGAUUCAGCAGGUCCAGCCACCACAGUGGACGUUACCACCUGCUCCUCCGGCUCAUCAGCAACGACCAACAACUACCAAGCAGAUGAGUCUACCUGAGAUACCUCCAUAUAGGCCAAACCAAGCUCCUACGCAGCAAAGGGUUCCUUCAUUACAGCACACUUCUGUGCCUCAAGUUCACACGCCCCUUCCAGGAGGUGCUCAGGGCCCUCGACCUCUUCCAUCGAAGGCUCAGUCACCCAGUCCAUCCGAGUUCAACACGCCGUCAGCUUUCCCUACACCUGCGCCAGCUAAUCCUAACGGUGAAUUGGAUGCACUGAACGAUGUCAUAUUCCCAGCCCUGGAGGAGGCGCUUAAGAGGCGACAGAUCAACUUGCAGCAGAUGUAUAAGCCAGGACAGAAUCCAGCUCUACUGACACCCCAACAACAACGCGCCGAGGCUUCUCACGAAAAGUUACGAAAACUGGUUUAUAAGCUGGCACAUGUCUGCAAAGAGAUUGAUCAUUAUGACAAGGCUGAACCUGUUGGCAUGGGCAGGGAGGUUGGCAGUUUUCUCGAGGGGCUUCUGGAGGAGAUCCUGGUGAGAGUCGAGCCUCUGGAUGAGGAUGAGGAAGUACCCGCUUCAUGA